CCGCCGCUCGCGGCCCCUCGCAACUUGGCGGCCUCCCUGCCCGGGACGCGGCCGGGCCCGGCGCCGAGCUCGCGGUCCCCGGGCCGGCUGCCCGCGGCGGCUCGGUGCCGGCUGGGCGCGGAGGGGGCGGGGGCCGCGGCUCGCCCCCCGCCGAUGAGCCGCCGCGGAGCGCGGGCGGACGAUGGAACUCCACAUCCUGGAGCAUCGGCUGCAAGUUGCCAGCGUCGCCAAGGAGAGUAUCCCGCUCUUCACCUACGGCCUCAUCAAACUUGCCUUCCUGUCCUCCAAGACCAGGUGCAAGUUCUUCAGUCUGACGGAGACGCCGGAGGACUACACCAUCAUCGUGGAUGAGGAGGGCUUCCUGGAGCUGCCCUCCUCGGAGCACCUGAGUGUGGCAGAUGCCACCUGGCUGGCUCUGAAUGUGGUGUCCGGUGGCGGCAGCUUCUCCAGCUCCCAGCCCAUCGGAGUGACCAAGAUCGCCAAGUCCGUCAUCGCCCCGCUGGCCGACCAGAACAUCUCCGUGUUCAUGCUGUCCACCUACCAGACGGACUUCAUCCUGGUGCGYGAGCGAGACCUGCCCUUCGUCACCCACACCCUGUCCACCGAGUUCACUAUCCUGCGGGUGGUCAAUGGCGAGACCGUGGCCGCCGACGACCUCGGCAUCACCAAUGGCUUCGUGAAGCCCAAGAUGGUCCAGAGGCCGGUCAUCCACCCGCUGACCAGCCCAAGCAACAGGUUCUGCGUCACCAGCCUGGACCCCGACACGCUGCCCACCGUGGCCACCCUCCUCAUGGACGUCAUGUUCUACUCCAACGGAGUGAAGGACCCCAUGGCUGCCGGUGACGACGGAGGCCACAUCCGCUUCUUCUCCUUCUCCCUCAUCGAGGGCUACAUCUCCCUCGUGAUGGACGUGCAGACCCAGCAGAGGUUUCCUAGUAACCUGCUCUUCACAAGCGCCUCCGGGGAGCUCUGGAAGAUGGUGCGCAUCGGAGGGCAGCCCCUGGGAUUCGAUGAAUGUGGCAUCGUGGCCCAGAUCUCCGAGCCCCUGGCCGCGGCGGACAUCCCUGCCUACUACAUCAGCACCUUCAAGUUCGACCACGCGCUGGUUCCAGAAGAGAACAUCACCGGGGUCAUCAGCGCCCUGAAGGUCAGUCAGGCGGAGAAGCACUAAGGGCUCCUGCCCUGCGGCCGCCGGGCCAGCCAGCCCCUCCCUGAAGAUUGUUCUGCAGUAUUUCUCCACGGACUUGCCUGGACCCUGAGCACRGGGCCUCUGGACACCCUCAUUGCCAACCCCUCCUGCCUCCCGGAGCCCCCAGCCCUGCCAGGAAUGACCGGCCUCCUGCCCCCAGCCCCACCCCAGAAAAUGGUUUCUGAGGCCCAGGGACCUGGACGUGACCCACUGCGCAUGUGGCCUCACAGGGCCUGGGGCAGGCGCCCGAGGAAGCCAGCAUGUCCUAGGGGGUGYGGGUGUCCCAUCCCCAGAGUCGCCGUGGGGGCGGGGGAGCGCGGCUGAGUGUGCGCAGCUCGGGGAGACCCCAGGGGACRGGGACAGGUGUCCUGGCCGCUGGUCCCUGGUCGUGAGCUCAGGGCUGGUUCCCUCAGAUGGACACCUGUGGCCCAGCGGCCGGAGAGGCUCGGGCAGGAGCAGGCCGAGCCUGGGGGGACCCGAGCCGCCCGGACCCGCCUGCCAACACAGGGCCUGCGCCCAACGCCCAGCGCGACUGCCAAGAGGGGCCCCGGCCCCACAAGCACUCCCUCCUGGGGAGGAGGGGUCCCGAGACCACCAGCCGCCGCCCUGCCCUCCCUGCACCCGGCCUGGGCAGGUGGGGCCUGGGGCUCCCGGAGUCGCCCACCUCCCCAGCAGCCGACUAGACCAGCACAGGGCUCCCGGUGUCCUCCCUGCUCCCCUGCCCACUCCUGGGGGCCUGGCUGCCCGCCCGCCCCUGGGUGGAUGGCGGCGCCCUAAGUACUUGACCCGGGAGGCAACGCAACUGAGCCUUAAUAGAGAAGCCGUGCUUUGUUUUA